AUGUUCCGCGAAGUCCUGGGAGCAGCGGCAGUGGUACCUCCUUUGCUCCCCCGUUCGGGCCCACGAGCCUCCGAGCCCAGAGUGCCUGGCACCCCCCCGGGUGGCGGGCUGGCCAGCCAUGGGCAUCGACUUCCGCGGCAGAGGCUACGUGCGCUUCGUGCGCAUCGGCAACGGACCGUCAAGGAGGGCGAAGCGUGUGCCAUCUGGGACCAGAACGGUCAGCACAGAGAGGUGAGAGGCCCCAAGCUGGUCAGGCUCUAUUGGUCCACCAUUCGUUUUCUGGAGCACCACGUGGCGGGUGACGAGGAGUACCUCAAGAUUCAGAAGCGGAACGGGACUGUCGAACACAUCAGGGGCCCUACCGAGCUCUUUGAGAAUCCGGUGCACCACCUCAAGGUGACGGUCGAAAAGGCACACCAUAUCCCGUCGAGCGCAUCGCACCUCCUCGUCUUGCACAAGGGAUCCCAAGCGUCACAACUUGUGGUAGUGGGCUCCGUGUCGGGUGAGGUCAGCACUCAACAACGGCAGGGCCGAGCCGUUUCAGGCGCUGUUUCCACCGAGCACACAGUUGUGACUGGCCCAACCAUUUUUUUCCCGGAGCCCACGGAUUCUGUCCACCAGUUCUGCUGGACUGACAAAGGUGCAGGUGCCCUCUCCGAGGACAUGCGAGUGCUCACGACGAAAGGAAUGCUUAUCCGCGCGCUUGAGUUCAUCGUGAGUGAUGUGAACGGCCACCACGCGUUGAUCGGCCUCGAGAUGCGCGCACGCAUCACAAGCAUGCAGCAGGCGCUCUUGGUCGCAGAUCCCGUCGCAGAGUGCGAUGGUCUGCUGAAGGCUGUGGUGCUCGAGGUUAUGGCGACGGUCCAGUUUUCAAGGCCAGGCACCUCAUUGCUCACCACGGUGCGCUCUGCGGUCACCAACGCCAGUUUCACCGAGGCGCUGUCCGAGAAGUUGCAACGGCAGGCCGCUAUGGAGCUCAGAAGCGUGACGGUGACCAAGGCGAAGCCUUCAGCCGAGCUCGAGAAGGUGUGCCGAAAAGAGGACGAUCUGACUGCCGCCACGGUCAACGAACAGCUCCACGCGAAGAAGCUCAAGCAGAUGGCAGACGAGGACGAGCAGCGGCUGGCUUACCUCAAGGAGCUCAACAAGCUGCAGGUGGAUUUGACCAAAUACUUAUGCAGCCAAAACUCGCGGGCACCAGACGGUGCGGACACCAAGGAGAAGACCCGCUGA